UGACAGAGGAACCAGGAAGAAAGCUGUGACCAGCAGCGUCCCUCACUUCCUUAGACUUAGUUCCUGUUUGCACUAGCCACAGCUGGGCACUGGCCUCUGCUGGCACUGCCUCCUACACGCAGACCUUAUCUAUAAGCAUUGCAGCCUGUUGUCUAGCCUCAGGCCUCUGGAUGGACGGUAUAGAGACCUCCAAGUUGCUGGAUGAAGAGCUGUACUCGCGGCAGAUGUAUGUGCUGGGCUUGCCAGCCAUGCAGAGGAUUCAGGAAGCCAAAGUUCUGCUGUCAGGCCUUCAGGGCUUGGGGGCUGAGGUGGCCAAGAACCUGGUCCUGAUGGGUGUGGGCAGCCUCACUCUGCAUGAUCCCCACCCCACCUGCUGGUCUGACCUGGCUUCCCAGUUUUUCCUCUCAGAGCAGGACUUGGAAAAGAGCAGGGCUGAGGCAUCUCAAGAACUUGUGGCUAAGCUCAAUGGAGCUGUCCAGGUCUGCAUCCACACAGGUGACAUCACCGAGGACCUGCUGCUGGACUUCCAGGUGGUGGUGCUGACUGCCUCAAAGCUGGAGGAGCAACUGAAGGUGGGCUCCUUAUGCCACAAGCUUGGAGUCUGCUUCCUGGUAGCUGACACCAGGGGCCUUGUGGGGCAGUUGUUCUGUGACUUUGGAGAGGACUUCACUGUACAGGACCCUACAGAGGCAGAACCCCGGACGGCUGCCAUCCAGCACAUUUCCCAGGGCUCUCCUGGCAUUCUCACUCUGAGAAAAGAAGCUGAUGCCCACUACUUCUGCGAUGGGGAUUUGGUGACUUUCUCAGGCAUUGAGGGCAUGGUUGAGCUCAACGGCUGUGCUCCCCAGCCUAUCCACGUGCGGGAGGACAGGACCUUGGAGAUUGGGGACACAACAACUUUCUCCUGUUACUUGCGUGGCGGGGCUGUCACUGAGGUCAAGAGACCCAAGACUGUGAGCCACAAGCCCUUGGAUGCAGCCCUGCUCCAGCCCCGUGUGGUGGCCCCGAGUCCCCAGGAAGUUCACCGUGCCCACUGCCUGCAUCAGGCCUUCCGUGCACUGCACAAGUUCCAGCACCACAAUGGCCGCCCACCCCGGCCCUGGGAUCCUGUUGAUGCAGACAUGGUGGUAGGCCUGGCCCAGGCCCUGGAACCACUGAAGGGGACAGAGGGAGAGACAUUGGAAGAGCCGCUGGAUGAGGCUCUAGUGCGGACAGUCGCCCUGAGUAGUUCUGGUGGCUUGAGUCCCAUGGCAGCCAUACUGGGUGCAGUGGCUGCCCAGGAAGUGCUGAAGGCAGUCUCCGGGAAGUUCAUGCCCCUGGAUCAGUGGCUGUACUUUGAUGCCCUUGAUUGUCUUCUGGAACAUGAGAAGCCCCUUCCCAAUCCCGAGGACUGUGCACCGAGACGAUGCCGGUACGACGGGCAAAUCGCAGUGUUUGGGGCUGGUUUUCAGAAGACGCUGAGCCACCAGCAUUACCUCCUGGUGGGUGCUGGUGCUAUCGGCUGUGAGCUGCUCAAAGGCUUCGCCCUAGUGGGCCUGGGGACCCAGGGCAGUGGGGGCGUGACUGUGGCUGACAUGGACUACAUAGAGCGCUCUAACCUCAGCCGUCAGUUCCUCUUCAGGCCCCAGGACAUUGGUAGGCCCAAGGCAGAGGUGGCUGCAAAGGCCGCUCACCGCCUAAACUCAGACUUGCGGGUGACAGCCUUCACCAACCCGCUGGAUCCCAGUACAGAGAAUAUAUAUGAGGAGAACUUCUUCUCCCGUAUGGAUGGCGUGGCUGCUGCCCUGGACAGUUUCCAGGCCCGACGCUAUGUGGCUGCUCGCUGCACCCACUAUCUGAAGCCGCUGCUGGAAGCAGCCACACAGGGCACCUGGGGCAGUGCUUCAGUGUUCAUGCCAUAUGUGACUGAUGUCUACAGAGCCCCUGCCUCAGCUACAGCUUCGGAGGAUGCCCCCUACCCUGUCUGCACCGUGCGACACUUCCCCAGCACAGUUGAGCACACCUUACAGUGGGCCCGGGAUGAGUUUGAGGGGCUCUUCUAUCUGUCUGCUAAGACCAUCAACCGCCACCAACAGGCACCCACUUCUCUGGCAGAUACGGAUGGGCCACAGGUGCUGACUCUGCUGCAGGGGGUACUGGGUGUCCUGAGAGAGCGUCCACAGACCUGGCAAGACUGUGUGGUGUGGGCCCUUGGCCACUGGCAACUAUGCUUCCAUGAUGGCAUCAUGCAGCUGCUGAAGCACUUCCCACCUGAUAAAGUGCUUGAGGAUGGAACUCUUUUCUGGUCAGGUCCUAAACGGUGUCCCCAGCCCUUGGAGUUUGACGCCAGCCAAGACACGCACCUCCUCUAUGUGCUGGUGGCUGCCAACCUGUAUGCCCAGAUGCAUGGGCUGCCUGGCUCACAGGACCGGACUGUGCUCAGGGGACUGCUAAAGUUUCUGCCACUGCCUGACCCUCAGCACCUGGCCCCCAACUUUGUUAAUGACCUGGAUCUGGAUCUGGCUUCUGCUGAGUUUGGCCCUGAGCAGUUGAAGAAACUGCAUGAAGCCCUGGAAGUCUGGAGUGUGGGCCCUCCCCUGCAGCCCCUGAUGUUUGAGAAGGACAAUGACAGCAACUUCCAUAUGGACUUUGUGGUGGCAGCAGCAAGCCUGCAAGCUCAGAACUAUGGGAUCCUACCGGCCAACCGCAUCCAGAGCAAGCAAAUCGUGGGCCGGAUUAUCCCAGCCAUUGCUACCACUACAGCAGUUGUGGCAGGCCUGGUGGUCCUGGAACUGUAUAAGGUGGUGGGCGGGGCACGGUCCCUCGGUGCCUUUCGCCACAGCCAUCUGCAUCUGGCUGAAAACCGCUUCAGCCGCUGGGUGCCUCGCGCCCCAGACAUCCAGAUGUUCCAUCACCUGAAGUGGACCUGUUGGCACCGCCUGAAGGUGCCUGCUGGGCAGCCCGAGAGAAACCUAGAGUCGUUGCUGGCCCAUCUCCAGGAACAACAUGGGCUGAGGGUGAGGAUGCUGCUGCACGGCCGGGCCCUGCUCUACUCAGCAGGAUGGUCGCCUGAAAAGCAGGCCCAGCACCUGCCCCUCAGGGUGACAGAACUGGUGCAGCAGGUGACAGGCCGAGUGCCUAAGCCUAGGCAGCAGGUGCUGGUACUGGAGCUCAGCUGUGAGGGUGAGGAGGAGGACAUGACCUUCCCACCCCUGCACUACGAGCUGUGACAAGCAGCAGCCCCAUCACCCAGCUCUUUCAAGCCCUGCAUCCUGAGUCCACAGUAAGCACUCAAUAAAUGCUGGCUGAAA